UCGAUCGAGUGAAGAGCGAAGAGAACCGGGAGGAAGAACAGGGUCCGCUUAUAAUGUGAAAUCUUCACUUCGGUGUGCCCAGGCUACAGCGGAGCAAACACGGUCUCCUCUUUUUGAAUCGGAAAUCAUUCAGAAGUAAAAAGUGACCUGCCAUCAAGGAGAAGAACCAAGGAUCCAUCCUGGAGAUCAAAUACUGAAGCUUGGGUAAGAGUGUGGAGAGAUAAUCCUCCCCGGUUGAGAGGACCGAUUGACCAGAUACGACUCCGUAAAAUGCCUUAUUUUGAUCACAUCGUCACUCGACGAGUGCACUCCAGCAGAUAACGUCCGAACUCACAUUGCACAUUGGUUAAAACUGCGUCAUCGCAGCUUCGAUAUCAGGGUAAAGAAUUAUACAAAAACGAUUCGUUUAUAGGCUUCAAUCAUUCAUGAAUAUUAUCAACUGACAAUGUGCAUCAUCAGCCUCAAGAAAAGCAUAAAUAACUGCGGAGAAAGUUCGUCUCGGUCAGUUAUAAUACUUCAACCUGAGAAAAGUCUGAAGGGUUCACUUUGGAUCGUAUAUUUUGAAAUAAAGUAUAAGGUUUGAACUCCUUAAAGCUGCUGAUCUCUGACUGUGAUUUGAGAUUUACGUCUUAUCAUCAAACAUCAUCAGCUCUCAAGACCUUACUGCAUCUCACUUAACUUUCUCCAUUUGUAUUUUCUCUCCGUGUUCCCUUUUUGAUGUAUCCUUGAUGUAGCACGUACCGCUGCUUUAUACAUGCAUUAUAAUGCAGUAAUCUCGUCAAAUCUCAGAACCAAGUUCACGCGAAGAUUAUCCCUGUGAGGACUGUUAUGUGUUGUAGUUUUGAAGUGGGUGCUUUGAACCUACCAGACUUCGCUGAGUUCCUGUUAUCAUCGCACGUACGUCGAGCAACGACAUUAUACGAGACGUGAGUAUCAAAAUAGACAAUUCAAUCAGUUUUGAGGCAAGUGUACUUUCCAUCGAUCUUCUUGGAUUCUAAACACAACGAUGCAACGAUUGCGUACAGACCUACUCGAUCUCUGUUGAACUCCUAGCUGAGCUUGUUUUCUCUUCUCACGUUGCACAAAAAUAAAAAGUAGAGGAUUUGCUUUCACCAGCGGAAUAAAAAUCAUCGGAUAUCAUGUGCGUGAUGACGUAUGGACGAAGGUGUUAUUUGAGUUUGUAAGUAAAACUAACAUUUUUGGCCAUUUUUAUGGGAAUCGUUGUUUCGGCAGAGUAACAAUAAAUGUAAGGUGUCCUACUUAGAAAGAAGCUGUUCGAGUACUUCAAAUUUUCAUCUAGAGAACUGGUUCCAGGUUUGAGUCCUUCAAGGGGUGAUUUGGGAUUCUUGCCCGAGUUAAACCAAUCGUACACAGUAAUUUUUCCCUGUGACGUCAUUGAUGACGAACAUUUAAAAAUGAUGAACACAACAAUGGACACCUUAAUCGUCACACCAACAAUGGACCCACAUGGAACGCCCCCCGCGGUGGUAGUCUGGUGCGUUCUGCUGGUGAUCCUAGCAGUAAUAUCCGUCAUUGGUAACGUCUUGGUCUUAGGCACCCUCUGGCAUGCCUGGACCAACGUUGGCACCAAGCCCGGGAACUUCUUGGCCUUCAUGCUGGCCGUUGCCGACCUCCUGAACACGCUCAUCAACCUCCCGUUAGUCAUCGUUGGAGUUAUCAACAGCCAGUGGGCAUUGCACGACAACACACCACUCCGUAUGGCGCACUUCUUCUUCCUCAUCCUACUCAGCGGUACCUCCAACAUGAUGCUAUGUGUUAUCUCAAUCAACCGCUAUGCCGUGGUGGCUAAACCCAACACCAGCGAGAAGGUCGGGAGGACGCGGGCCCGGAACCUCACCCUCUACGCCUGGUGUCACGCUCUCGGAACAGCCGUUGUCUCCAUCGCCAUUUGGGGUGUAAUGGACAGCACUGGUGUCGGUAGCUUACACCAUUACGUCCCCCCUUUCCCUAGCCAGGUUUUGAGCUACGCUUUAGCGGUGGGUGCCCCCAUGGCCGUAAUGACUGUCACAUACGUACGACUCUUCAAACGGGUCAAGAUGAGGUUGAGAGCUGUAGGAGCUAAGAAGUGUAACGUGGCGUGCACUGAAUCUCACAUGGCCAGUCAGUCAGUGGUCCAGGAUGCGCCGAGUGUAUUCGGCGCUGUCAAAGCUCACAACAUGAUCCUAGCAAGACCCAACAAACACCCGACUCGUCACGCCGAUCUCCGGACUGCCGUCACCCUGCUGAUCCUCCUGGGUAUCUUUGUGCUCUGCUGGACCCCCAUCGUCGUCCUCAGCCUCCUGGUCACCUUUCAAGAUGUCGCCGAUGCCCAAAACUACCUGACGGCAGCUGCUGUAAUAGUCUUUGUCAUCCCUGCAUGUAACCCUUUGGUGUACUCCAUGCGUAACGCGCAGUUCCGGGCAGCUGCAAUGGACUUUCUGGUGACCGCACGCGAGAGGUUGCCCUCCCAGUGCUGUCGACGCGCGAAGCAGGGGACGUCGGACACGGCGCAAGGGGAGGCUAACCAAGAAGCCGUUGGCUGAAUGCGUAGGCCCCGUACACAAUGUAUACAGAAUUGAACUCACACGUUGAUAGAGGAACAAUGAUCUGGAAUAGGGUCCAGUGUACAUGUUCCGGUACAAAACAAAAACGAGAAAAGAGAAAAGAACAGGACCCCAUAGGGGAAUUCUAAGUACUGGAGUACCCCACAGGGACAGUUGUGUACAUAGACUAUGGGAAACUGUUUUAAGUACAGUGUAAAAGGAAAGAACAAGGAUUGCUCCUCAUAGAUCCUAUUUUAGUAAUCGCACUUAAACACUAACGUUGUAUAGCACCUAACUCUGGUAAGAAAAACAUGUGUAAAAUGCGUAAUCAGGUACACCCUUCACACACAAUGACUGUGUGCAAACUCAGAACUGUGUUAUUGGAAUGUGUUCCCACAAUGUUCACAAAUUAUGACAAUCUUUUCAAAUAUAUUACUCAAUUGAAUUGUGUUCUUUCAAAGCACUUUGACUGAUUAUAUUGAACAACACAAGUAAUUAUACAUACAUGUAUAUAAAAUGUGACAAAACCCAUGCUGUCAAUGCUAUGGCCUAACACCCCCGAUUUGUGUAGGGCAUGCAAAGCUUGCCUUUCCUCAUUUCGCGGCAAUCUGCAGAAAACGCUCGCUCUGCUGAGCUUGCGACAAAGAUAAAAUCCAAUAAAUUGGACUUUUUGUAUGCACAAUACAACUUAAUAAUAAUACACGACAACCUACAUCCCAUUUCUUUGCACAGUAAAAAAGACAAACAGGCUUGUGUUUACUUUGAUUAAUGCAAAUACACAAGAGAGUAAUUAUGCAUCCAGCGGUAAACUUAUUAUAAGAUCGUUUAGUUGACAUUUAUUUGGUUGAUAUUCAGCUUUGCUUUUUAGUAUCACAGUGGUAUUUUGUGUGUAUAAAUAAAUAAAAACUUCACAAACAAAAACAUGAUGUGGUGCUUAUCUUCUUAAUUAAUUAUCGUUUUAAGUUAAACAAAACAUGUAUGUUUUAUUGUCAGUCAUUGUCGAAUUGUUUUAUUCAUUUACUUAUUUCCCCAAAACCUCAACAAAUUGAGAAGAUAAAAAGAGUUAUAAAAAUGACAUGAAAUAUACAGUACAAGGGACAUAAACACGAAAAUGAAGGAACAGGCACCGUGAUCACACUUGAUCCUGCUAGGAGGAUCAAAGGAGGAUCUUAUCUCGAAAGGGCGAUCAAAGGGAGGUCACCGGCUAGUGUGAACGCGAUCAGGAUCGGGAACAGAUCCUCCUUUUCGACCUCCCUUCAUUGCGAGAUCAGCAAUGUGUGUUUUAAAAGCCAUGUUAGUAGCUUUUGCUAAGUGAAAUAUUGGUCAAUUACAGAUUUUCUACCAUUUGCCGAAAUGGUGUGCCGCUAUAAAAAACAGUAUCGACCCAUUUCAGGUUUCCUACCAUUUUCCGAAAUGGUGUGCCGCUACAAAACCAGUAUUGGCCAAUUACAGGUUUUCUACCAAUUGCCGAAGUGGUGUGCCGCUACAAAAGCAGUAUUGGCACAUUACAUGUUUUCUACCAUUUGCUGAUAAUAUGGUGUGCCGCUACAAAAGCAGUAUUGGCCCAUUAUAGGUUUUCUACCAUUGCCGAAAUGGUGUGCCGCUACAAAACCAGUAUUGGCCUAUUACAGGUUUUCUACCAUUUGCCGAAAUGGUGUGUCACUACAAAAACAGGUUUGACCCAUUACAGGUUUUCUUCCCUUUUCUAUUAAAAAUUAAUAACAAGUUCAAUGUCUUCUUCCGUAUUUCUGUUCUUAAAGGGUCAUGUCCAAAAUGGCGGCUAUAUUAUGGCUACGGCUGGAUCGCUGCGUCAUCAUGCGUUGAGCUAUAGCAACAUCCUUGAAACGGUCAUAGCCGUAGCUGUAGCCGCCAAAUCAUAAAGGCCUUGCGGCCGAAAAAACACAGUAAUCAUGGAGCCAAUGAAACGAUACCGUGCAAUCAUUUAUUCUCAGUGAAUCAGUCAUCCAUGUAUACAGUUGAAGGUCGCUGAGAAUGGCAAAUUUAUCUCUUCAUACCAGAAAUGUUGUUAUAAGAGGACAUCACAACAAAUCAACACGAAGCUAAAAAUGAGAUUCAGACUUCAGAAUGUACUCUUUUAUAAGCACUUCUACCUCUUUAUAACGCCCUCUUUAAAACGAAAGCCAACCAUAUAAAUCGCCAACAAAAGAAAUAGUUCAGCCAGAAUAAAACAAUCACACCAAAAAAAAAAAAAAAACCUUAUUGCAAAAUUAUUGAAAUAUUUAUUGUCAUUUUCUGCUCCUAGCUGACUUUAGAUGCAAUUCGUUUCUUUGUUUCCUGUAUUGUUUUCACAGAAUGGGUUGCACGAAUUGGCUUUCCCGAUGACAGACCAUUUUGACAUGGUGACACGAACUUCCAGAUUAAUCAAGCCGCGUCUGAAUUACCCGACGGCUGUUGCGUGUAUGCGUGAUUCAAUAUAAACUUCGAUGACUAAAUUGUGCAAAAAUGUCCACAGGUUUGCUAUUUAAACCAUAUGUUAGAAUACACCAAGUGAGGACACAAAGGACAAAGAAAGCAGAUAAGACAUAAUGUACAAUUUGAUGAUUUGAAAGGUAUCGUGCUUUUCAAAUCACCAUAUUGUACACCAUGCCCUGAACUUUGAAGGGGCGCAGUACUUUUCCUUUAGUAAGGGGCACUAUGAUGAGGAAAAUGUACAUUUAAUUUAAAAAUGUCGACCAAAAACAUUGGCAACAUCAAUCAAACUUAUAAUUUGUUUCACAUUUUUCGUUAUUUCUUUUGUUAGACAUUUCAAGGGCAUUAAAAAAUGAUCACGCUCAAUCUACCUCAGUGCUUAUGAAACCCACUUCACUUUAGAUCGACUGGAAACCCACAAGCCAAGCCCCCUUUAUUCUUACAUUGUAUUACUGUAAUCAUAUAUAUUUAUUUAUUAAUUUCAAAACUUCGGACACUAAAAACAUGUUGACCAGGAGUAUUCCAUACAGGUACAACUCGUGUAACUUGUUAGAUGUGUCAUGGAGGAAGAAAACAUUUUCUUCCUUCAUGGUUGUGUUGGCCUUGUCUCAAAUUUUCUUGUCUGCUUCAUUUGUCCUUUCUCCAGUUACAAUUCUUUGGUUGUAUGUUUGUUAGUCCAUAGGUGAGGAAACAAAAACAUUCUGCUUAAAGGCAGUGGACACUAUUGGUAAUUACUCAACAUAAUUAUUAGCAUAAAACC